UCAGUGUUUCUUUUCCAUGUGAGGUUCCUGAUAGAAAACCUAAAUUGGAGCUCUAGGGCUUUGUCUUUCAAAUUGGAUUCGUCCUCGAAACUUUUCUAACUGAGGAAUCCACAAUCCCUAUCUCCAGCAUCUGCAUUGUUGUUCUUGUAUUUACGAAAGAUGCCAUCCGAGGAUGGGAAGGCAGCCGUGAAGAAGGAGGAAGCAGAGGACGAGAAGAGCCUUGGUUCUACGGUCGAGGCACGCAAGAGAAAGAACAAUGCGAGUUUAGGAAGAGUGAAGAAACAAGAGCCCCAAGAAGAUGAAGAUUUUGAACGACCCGUUAAGGCUGCUACUUCGAAGACAUCUAAACUGAAGAAGGAAGAGGAUGACGACGACGACGAUGAUCACAAGCCCAUUUCCAAAAAGAGCUCCAUUGUCAAGGCCGUUAAGGUUUUACUCCUUGAGGUGAAGAAGAAGAAGACAAAGGAGGAAGGGAAGAAGGGAAAUGCAGUGGCAGAGCAGAAUGGUAGGAAGAGGGAGAAGAAGGUUUAUGACCUGCCUGGCCAGAAGAGAGACGCUCCUGAGGAGAGAGAUCCGCUUAGGAUUUUUUACGAGACGCUCUAUAAGCAGGUUCCUGCUAGUGAGAUGGCACAAUUUUGGAUGAUGGAAUCUGGUUUGCUUCCCAAAGAAGAGGCAAAGAAAGUGUUUGAUAAGAAACAAAAGAGGAAUCAGCAGCAGAAGCUGUACUCCCCAGCAAAAGUAGUUAAUCCCGCUAAGAAGUCUACACAAUCAGUCCCUGUCAAGAAAAAGGCCUCAUGUACUCCAGAUUCUUCUAAUAAGAAGAAGAAACAAGACUCUGAAGCUGCAUCCAAGCAGCCUAAAAAGCGCAAGGUUGUAGAUGCGAGCUCUGAAAACGAGUCAGAUGAUGAUUUUCUGGUGAGUCGAAUUAAAAAGAAGCAGAAAGCAAAGUAAUUAUCUUCUUCUCUGAUUGUUAUUUUAUUAGUUACUCUCUUGUUAAAACUCAUUUUAUUUUUUAACCAUUGGUGGCCUUCAACGCUGAAAGUUA